GAAUAUAGGUAACAAUUAUUAUAAUAUCAGCUUUAUAAAGGUGGUUAUUAAUAUUAUAUUGUUCUUUAGUUCUGUAAUAUUAUGCCUAACGCUUGUCUCCUAUGCGAAUAUCCAUCAGUUUAGUGUUAUGUAUUUUGUAUUAUGUUGAGUACAUUGUUUUUAUUUAUUGACUUAGCGUUUUCUUUCUUUAAAGUAAAUACAUAUAUUUGAAAUUUAAUUUCAGAUUUGUAUGAUUAGUAUUAAUUUAUUAUUGUCGGUUAAUUGUACCAAAUAAUAAAAUAUGAAUUUUAAUGAUAUGCAUGCCUUAGCUAAACGUAUAGAUACUCAGGUUAAAUCAUUGGAGGCAAAAGUAGCUCAUCCUAUGAGUAUGAUGUAUUCUAACAAUUCUAGUCAAGGAGUCAAAGUACUAUCGAUGUUGAAAGAUAUGAUCAAGGAUGUGGAAAAUAAAAAGAAAGAAAUCGAGAGUUUGAUACAAGAAGAAAAUUCAACGUGGUCUGGAAUGGUCGAAGAUUACAACUCUGUUGCUAAAUUUAAAUCAGAAGUUGUUGCUAAUUUGAAUGAAUAUGAAAAUAUGUGGUCGUCUAACUAUCCUGAUUAUAAACCAUUUAUAUCAUACAGUCAUUCUGAUUCAGUAAAUGAAGAAUUAGAUUCUCUCAAUGAACUUAAUAUUCACGAUGAUAGACAAAUUGCAGAUCAAUCUUUAAAUGAUAGUCUCAACAAUGUCAAUAUCACAAUGUCUUAAUGUUCUUGUUUGUAUGCAGUGGAUGUUGGUUGGUAAAAAACAAAAUAUUUUGAAAAAUACCCUUCUAUCUUUUAAAAGUGUAUAUUAUUAUGUGUUGUGCAUAAACAAGUUUACAAUGUUUUCUUUUUAGUAUCUUGUAUUUUAAAUAAAAAGUAAAG